CAUUCCGGAGUUCACUUGGGGUCCCACAAAGGAAUUCUGUAGAAGCAGCCUUUAUUUUCAGACUCUGCAGGCCUGCUGGGAGGAAACAUAUUACAAUAAACAGGGUGUGGAAGGAAACCCUGGAGGAGGGAAACAACCUCGCUCGGCUGGCCUGGGAAGUAAACACUUGCCUAAAAAUGAUGGACAUAGAGCACGAGUGGCUCCGCCACUCCAUGCACCCCACCUCGCCUGCUGACAUCGAUCCUAAGGUCCACAGCAUCGUGGAAAGUGCUGUGAGAAGCAUUCUGGGCAAGCAGUCCAAUGAGCCCCGUAGCAACCUGCCCAGCCCAUCUCAGGUGGUGGUGGAGGUGGUUCCCAGGCUCCUCCUGGCCCUGUGGCUGCAGCCAGAAGAAGGACAUUCAGAGCUCCCAAUCCUAAUAAGCGGGAUGGCCGUGGGCAUGUUGGCGGCCGUAGUGGAGAAGCUCUCCUGCAUGUUAAAGGACCCUUCCCCUCACAUCCUUUUCUCCCGGGCUGCUGCUUUUGACUCUGUGUGGUCGAUCCUCGGGAGAAUCAGUCAGUCCUUCUCCACCGAUGACCUCCAGAGCCCUUUUUAUAUGAGCUCUGUCUGUGCCUUUGUGGCGGACGAGGUGCAGAGCUGCUUCCAGCCCCCUGCAGCCACCCUACCAGUCCCCCCUGUCCUCGCGGUGGCCGUUUCCACCACACUACCAGCUGGCAUCCAAGCAGACCCGGCUUCUUCCAACCUUGAGGUUGAAGACAUCACCCCUAACACAGAGGCAGAUCCGGCUUCUUUCCACCUGGAGGUUGAGGACAUCACCCCUAAGACAGAGGCAGACCCGGCAUCUUCCCACCUGGAGGUUGUGGACAUCACCCUAACACAGAGGCAGAUCCAGCUUCUUUCCACCUGAAUGU